AUGGAACCGGGACAUUUUUGGGGAUAUGAAUCACAGUCCGAUUUUCAGAUUCUAGAUGAGGAUGAUGGCAACAAGCUUCUUUGCCUAAAAGCUGAUUUUGAGCAACUUUCAAAGCACAUUGAAUCAUUGUGGAAUACAAAAUAUUUCCAUAUUGUGGCAGCAAUUCAUUCAAAGAACAAUAGUAUUUCAGAAAUCUUUAUUAAUGGAAUUUGUUACUCUUCUCCGUCAGAAAUUAAGCAGGGAGUUCAAUCCUUUUACAAGGAUUUAUUUCAUAAAGAACCCAUUAUCCAUUAUUCCUUGGAUUCACUUCCUAUUAAGUCCUUAACAGAUUUACAAGCUGGUUCUUUGUCAAUUCAGUUUUGCGAACAUGAGAUUUUAGAUACUUUGAUGAGCUGCGAUGGAAAUAAAGCCCCGGGCCUGGAUGGUUUUAACUAUUUUUUCUACAAGAAGGCCUCGUUUCCGGUGGGUUUGAAUACUGCCUUUCUUGUGUUAAUUCCAAAGUUCCAAGGAGCUUCGGAUAUCAAGGAUUUUAGACCGAUCAGUUUGAUAAAUGGGGUUUUUAAAUUGAUCUCUAAGGUCUUGGCUAAUAGACUGUCUCCUUUGUUGCCUCUGAUCAUCUCCGAAAACCAAUUUGGUUUUAUUAAAGGAAGGAGUACACAUGAAUGUAACAUGAUUGCGACGGACAUCAUUCAUCUUGUAAAGUUUCGCAGAGAGCAAGUUUUUCUCAUCAAACUAGAUUUCAGGAAAGCUUUUAACACUAUUUCUUGGAGCUUUAUUCUGCAAAUGCUUCACCGGAUAAAUUUUGAUCAGAAAUGGAUUAGCCGGAUUUCCUCCUUUUUUGAUUCAACUCAACUUUCUGUUCUUCUGAAUGGAUCUCCUACUGAGAAUUUUUUCAUGGGUAAAGGUGUUCAUCAAGGUGAUCCUAUUUCCCCUAUGCUCUUUGUUUUAGCUGUGGAAAGUUUAAAAGCUUUACUUUCAAAAGCAAUCGGUCUGGGAUUAUUUUCAGGAGUUCAAGUCGAUGGUCUGGAUGAACCUGUCUCUAUUUUGCAGUUCGCAGAUGAUACUCUUAUUUUUGUCCCCAAUGAUUUACAAAUGGUUGAGAAUCUUCUUCAUAUUUUGAGAUGCUUUGAACUGAUCUCUGGCCUCAAAAUUAAUUACCAAAAGUCUUCUAUUAUUGGUAUUAAUGUGGAUCAAUUUUCUCUUUCAAAAGCGUCUGAUAUUCUGAACUGCAAAAUUAAGGAACUCCCAGUUAGCUAUUUCGGCCUGCCGAAUGCAAAAGAAACUGAUUUUCAAAAUAUAGAUCAUGCAUCAUGCCUUUAUAAUGACAAAGAAAAUGCAAUUGCGAGCAACUCCUUGGUGAUGAGAGUUGAGUUCAAUCUAGAUGUUGGAAGCAGUCGGAAAACCCUUUUAGAAGGAGAUGAGAAUCAGAGUAAGGAUCAACUAAGGAACGAUUACAAUCAGGAUGAUGUCUUGAAAAGUGAAAUUGAGGUCGUGGUAUCACUCGAAAUUGGCAUUAAACUUUGGGAUCCGGUUGUGGCAAGUUUUAACUCUCAACUUUCAACUUGGAGGGACAAUCUUAUUGCUCCAGCAGGUAGACUUACUCUCAUUAAGUCUGUUUUAUGUAGUUUGCCAGUUUACUUUCUGGGUUCUUUUUGCAUUCCCUGUUCGGUGGCUGAUUCUCUUGAGCGUAUUAUACGACGGUUCUUAUGGAAUGGUAAUGUUGAGAGACGAGGUUUUAGCAAAGUAGCUUGGGCGGAGGUUUGCUUGCCUUUUAAGGCGGGAGGCCUUAAUAUUACCCCUCUCCGCACAAGAAAUAUCUGCUUAUUGAUGAAAUGGUUGUGGAAACUAAUGGUUUAUGAUGAGAAUUCUCUCUGGUUUGGAGUCAUCUCAUCGAGUUCUUCUAUUCCUGAAUGGUUUGACAUAGAGGGUGCUAAUACUCUUCAUCUUUCUCACAUUUGGAAAGGUAUCUACAAUGUUUGCAUGAAAAAUAGAGCAGCUUGGGAAUGUUUUACGAGUUCGGUUUUUAUGUGUUUUGGGGAUGGUAUCAGGAUUAGAUUUUGGAAAGAUCGAUGGCUUAAAGAUGACCCUCUGUACAUUUUAUUUCCUGCAUUAUUUCGGUUAUGUAGAGAUAAAGACAGUAUGAUUUCUUCAUUUUUUGAUCCGCAGCAAGGUUGUUUCAGCCGCCUGAACUGA